AUGAAAUUGUUCCUUACUGUUCUCGCCCUUACUGCUGCGGUUGCACUUGGUGCACCAAGACCAAGUGGACCACCACCAAGCGGACAACCUCCACUUCCACCAAGCGGAGCUCCUCCAAGCGGACCCCCACCAUCAGAAGCUUCCCUCGAACUUGCCGGACGACCAAGGCCAUCUGGACCACCACCAAGCGGAGCCCCACCAAGCGGACAACCUCCACUUCCACCAAGCGGAGCCCCACCAAGUGGCCCACCUCCAUCAGAAGCUUCUCUUUAA